GCCCUACACAAAUCCGAGGGCUGCUACGCGGCGAGGGUGCAGACCGUCUUCCUCUCGCGGAGCCGGGCGCGCGCGGCCGCGAUGAGCUGGGACUUUCUGCUCUUGCUGCUGGCGCUGUUCGCGCUGCUCUUGAUCGUGGUACAGCUGCUGCGCUUCUUGCGGGCCGAUGGCGACCUGACCCUACUGUGGGCCGAGUGGCAGGGGCGACGUCCAGAAUGGGAGCUGACCGACAUGGUGGUGUGGGUGACUGGAGCAUCAAGUGGGAUUGGCGAGGAGCUGGCUUACCAGCUGGCGACGCUAGGAGUGUCCCUGGUGCUGUCAGCCAGGAGGGUGCAGGAGCUGGAAAGGGUGAAAAGAAGAUGCCUUGAGAAUGGCAAUUUAAAAGGAAAAGAUAUACUCAUUUUGCCCCUUGACCUGACUGACAUAAGUUCACACGAAGAGGCUACCAAAACGGUUCUCCAGGAGUUUGGUAAAAUCGACAUUCUGGUCAACAACGGUGGAAGAUCCCAACGUUCUCUCUGUGUGGAAACAAGCCUGGAUGUCUACACGGAGCUCAUAAAGCUUAACUACUUAGGGACAGUGUCCUUGACAAUGUGUGUUCUGCCUCACAUGAUCGAGAGGAAGCAAGGAAAGAUUGUUACUGUGAAUAGCUUAACGGGUAUCAUACCUGUGCCCCUUUCUGGUGGAUAUUGUGCCAGCAAACAUGCUCUUCGGGGUUUUUUUAAUAGCCUUCGAACUGAACUUUUUGCAUACCCAGGUAUAGUAGUUUCUAACAUUUUUCCAGGACCUGUGCAGUCAAAUAUUGUGAAGAAUGCCCUAACUAGUGAUGUCACUCAGGCUGUAUGUGGUGAACGAGACCAGUCCAACAAGAUGGUAACGAGUCGUUGUGUGCGGCUGAUGUUAAUCAGCAUGGCCAAUGACUUGAAAGAAGUGUGGAUCGCAGAGCAACCUUUUUUGUCAAUGGCGUAUCUGUGGCAGUAUAUGCCAACCUGGGGCAUGUGGCUAAUGAACAGAUUAGGGAAGAAAAUGAUUGACAACUUUAAGAUCGGUCUGGAUACAUAUUCUUCUCAUUUUAAAAUCCAGAAGACAAAACACAACUGAUGGAGUACUUGCAUUUUCAAGCCAUUGGAGGAAGAACCGGAAAACAUGAAAACAGCCAUCUUCUUACACACAGAAGACUAACUUGCGAUUUUUUUUCUUAAUAAAUGCGACUUUUCUUUCAACAUGUAAUAAAUGACAAAUAAAAGAUUGCCAUGAAUCUUGCAAUAAA